GCAGCUGGACUGUCUACGCCAGCUAGUGGUGGUUCUCUGCGAGCGCUCCCAGCUCCAGGACCUGGUGAAAUUCCCCUACGUCAACCUCCACAACGAGGUCGUGGGGAUCAUUGAAUCACACGCCCGAGCUGUGGACCUGAUGACCCACAAUUACUACGAGCUGCUGUACGCUUUCCACAUCUACCGCAACAACUACCGCAAGGCUGGAACAGUGAUGUUUGAAUACGGCAUGAGGCUGGGCAGGGAGGUGCGGACGAUCCGAGGGCUCCAGAAACAAGGGAAUUGUUUCCUCGCUGCUAUUAACUGCUUACGGUUGAUCCGCCCGGAGUACGCCUGGAUAGUGCAGCCAGCUUCUGGGGCUGUGUACGAACGCCCCGGAGCAUCCCCGAAGAGGAACCACGAUGGGGAGUGCGCGGCUGUUCCAGCAACUCGACAAAUCGAGAUCCUGGAGCUGGAGGAUUUGGAGAAGGAGUGUGUGUUGGCCCGGAUCCGGCUGACUCUGGUGCAGCACGACCUGUCGACAGCGGCUGUGGCAGGCAACUCUACGCCUGAGGAAACGGUUGCUCUCCUGGUCCGGGCCGGCCUCUUUGACACGGCCAUCACCCUGUGCCAAACGUUCAAGCUGCCUUUGACCCCCGUCUUUGAGGGACUCACUUUCAAGUGCAUCAAGCUGCAGCUGGGAGGGGAGGCAGCGCAGGCAGAGGCCUGGGACUGGCUGGCAGCAAACCAGCUCUCCGCACUGGUUACCACCAAGGAGUCCAGUGCCACAGACGAAGCUUGGCGGUUGCUGUCGGCCUAUUUGGAGCGUUACCCGUCCCAGAACAGCCUGUACCAUCGCUGCGUCAUCAACAAGCUCUUGGCACACGGGAUACCUCUGCCCAACUGGCUCAUUAACAGCUACAAGAAGGUGGAUGCUGCCGAGCUGCUGCGUCUCUAUCUGAAUUACGAUCUCCUGGAGGAGGCUGUGGAUCUGGUGCUGGAGUACGUGGACGCUGUGCUGGGCAAAGGGCACCAGUAUUUUGGAAUCGAG